GAAUCCAGUAGGAAAAAUAGUAACGUGUGCCGUUGGCUUAAGUUUCCCGUUAAAACUCUGCCGGCGAAAGCGUGCGCUGUUACUAGGAAAAUUAUGAAGCGGAAUGUCGAGUGGGUCAUUCGUGAAAUGAAGGAAUCCGAAUGUAAGCGCUGGAGACAAUCGUGGAACACGUGUCGCAAUUUAACUUACAACUUGCAUCUCUCGACUCGACGGAGUCGAACCGAGCCCUACAGAUUCUGAGAGCUUCAGGUAUCUUGAGAAUAUUAUCUCUUUCGUGCUGGACAGAUUGAGCGUUGUAUAUUAGCAAUAAUUUGUAUAGGAAAGCUGCGAUGUGCGCAUUGAAUGCCUUGUUAACGUAUAACCAGUUAAACACAAAAGCUUUUCGUAGAUGGGUGCACAUUAAGAAAAUUACGCCCAAAGAAGUCGCAAGCUUAGCUAUGCUGGACUGCUUGACCAGUGAUGAAGAUGAGAUAAAGAGCGAACUUGGACUUUCAAUCGAUAUCUCUAAAUACGACGUUACUUCGUUGUGUCUGCGUAAAGUCAAAAGUUUACUGGAGGAACAGGUCGCAUUUGCAAAUGGCGUGGCAGCGGUUCUGGAAAAAUUGAGGCAGCUACAGCCGAGUGAUCAAUAUGUACACACGAUGCAGUUAUUAGGGUAUUAUUUCUUAGAUUUCAAUUACGAGAGCUCUAUUCUGGAGUACUACGAGCAAGCUAUACAUAAUUUGAAGCAGAAAAAGUCGAUCUCCGUAGCUGUUCUGUGCUUGGAAGCUAAUUUAAGUCUUUUUACCUUUUGCCCAUUCUACACCUAGGGAUGAUCCUACUUUUACCACAUCCGAUACCCCUU